AUGGGCACUAUACACAAUAAAAGCUAUUUAGAUAUAUUGAAAUAUUACAGUCAAGAUGAAAUAAGAAAAAGAGAUACCGAUAUAUGUUUUAAUAAUGAAGAGAAAAAAGAAAAUAGUAAAUUAUUUACACCAAAUAAUAAUGUACUAAAAUUAAAUGAAAAUGAAUUUUUUUCAUUUCUUUUGAAAGAUGAAGUUAAACAGAAACCUAAAAAUUGUUCAGACAUGCAAUAUAAUGAAAAUAAAUUAUAUGGAAUAUAUAUAAAUAAGUUUGAUGGUUGUAAACUAGCAAAUAAACUAAAAGGAAAAGAUACAAAAAAAAAAAAAUAUAUGAAAAAAGAGCAUUCAUUUAUUAAUAAGAAAUAUAUAAAAUUAGAAGAUUAUUUUUUAAAUAACAAAAAUCCGAAAUUUUGUACUAUUUGUUUUCAUAAUAAUAAUAUAGAAUAUCUUGAAAAAUGUAAAGGAUGUUCUUUAUAUUUUCAUGUACAUUGUUAUAAGAUAUUUUGUGAUUGUUUUAAUUUAAACAAAUUUCUAUGUGAUGUUUGUAUAGAAACUAAUUAUUAUGCUAAUAAAAAUCGAAACAAUUAUGUAUCUAUUUUAGGGGAUAAAAAAAAAUACAAUUUUUCAUAUCCUAUAAUAUAUGAUUCAGAUAAUAGUGAAAAUGAUGAAUUAUAUAAUGAGCAUGAAGAUGUAUAUGUAGCUAAUUUUUUUAGAAGCUUAAAUAAUCUAAAAUCUCAAAAUGGUCAAGAUAAAAAAACACAAAUAAAUAAACAUAAAAGGUUAUAUACUAAAUAUUUGAGUGAUCAUGAAUUAUGCGAUUCAGACAAAUAUAUGAUAAAAAUAAAAGAAAGCUAUUUUUUAAAAAAAAAAAAUAAAAAAAAAAAUGAAUCUCUUUCAUUUUGUAAUAAACCAAAUGAAACUAUCUAUAAUGAAAAAGAAAAUUGUGAAGAAUUUGAAAAUGAGUUCUGUAGUGAUAUAUAUCAUUCUGAUUCUCAAUUUGAUAGAAAUGUUUUUAAUUUUUGUGGAAUUUAUAAUAAUCCAUUUUCUACAAAUCAUUUAUCAAUAAUAAAAAAUAAUAAAGAUAUAAUAAAAAAAUUGAAAGAAAGCCAAAAAAUAAUUUCUAAUAUAUUUCCUGAUAAAUUAAUAAAAAUUAAUAAAAAUAAUAAAAUUAAUUAUAUGCAUUAUAUUCAAUAUAAAAUGAGACGAAAAAUACGUCGUGAAAUUCGGAAAAAAAUUAAAGAAUUGAAUAAAUCUAGAAUAGAUAAUACUACUGAUUUGAGUGGAAAAUAUAAUAAUAAAAUUAAUAGUUAUUUGAAAAUGAAUAUUAUAUGUGAUAUAUGCAACAAAUCAAAUAAAGAUGUAAUAAUGAAAAAAGGAAAAAAUAAUAAAUGGUUUCAUAUAUGUUGUUUAUAUUAUAAUAAUAUAACAAAGAAUAAUUCAAUUGCUGAAAUUUAUUUUGAACAUUUUUUUUUUAAUAAUUAUAAUGAAGAUUAUUUUGUUAAUCUAUAUGGGCAACUAAAAACAAUAAAUGAAACAAUUAUUAAAAAAAUAAAAGAACAAUUAUUAAAUAAAUAUAACAUAUUAAUACAUAGUCACUUAUUUAACUUUUUAUUGAAUCCAUAUUAUUAUAAUUUAACUCUUAAUCAAAUUCAAAAUCUAAUUUAUUAUAAUUUUAUAUUAAAAAAAAAUUUUAUAUAUCAACCAUGUGUAAAUAAUAACAAUACAAUUCCUUAUUUAAAAUUAAAACAUGAAAAAAAUGAAAAAGCAACACAACUUAAAUGUAAUAAUAUUUUGCAUCUUAAAAAUUUAGCAUAUAAAAAUCUUUAUAAUUUAAAAAAUGAAAAAGAAAAAAAAAAAUCAUAUAAUUAUAAAUUUAUAACUACAGAUAAAAGUUGUACAGAAAAUUUAAGCGAUACUUGUUGUUAUAGUAGCGAAAAUGAAAAUAGUGAUAAAUUUCAAAAAAGUUACAAAAAAAAUGAAAUAAAAAAUACCGAAAUUGAAGAAAACUAUGAAGAAAUGUAUGAAGAAGAAUUAAUAGAUAAAAAUGAAUCAAAAAAAGAUAAUGAUUCUAUGUAUUGUAUAGAUACAAAUAAUUGUACUAUAAUAAAUGAUGGAAGCUAUUUUUGUGAAGAUGUGUUAAAUAUAAUAAAUCAUUUUAGAAAAACAGUAUUUAAUGAUCAUAUAAUUAAACAAACUGAAUAUUAUAAUAUGUUUAAAGAUAUUGAAAAACUUAUAUAUAAGAGAGAUUUCUUAAAUUUAAAUAUAAUUAAAACUAUUAAAGAAAAAAUAAUUGAAUCUAUUAAAAAUAAUAAUUCUAAAAUUUGUAUAUUCUGUAAACAAAAUGCAGGAAUUAAAACAAAAUGUAUGUAUCCUUCAUGUUAUGAAUAUUUUCAUAUAUAUUGUUAUUUUAAACAUUUUUUUAAUUCUUAUAAAAAAAAAAAACAAUUAAGUUAUUUUAAGAGAGAUCUCAAAUUGUUUGCUACUAUAAUGAAAAAAUUUAGCAAAUCUGAGACAAAAAAGGGAGAUAAAAGGGGAGACAAAAGAGGAGAAAAAAAAGGAGACAAAAAAGGAGAGAAAAAAGGAGACAAAAAAAGAAUGUGUAGCCCAUUAAAGCAAAAUACUGAACAUGCUGAAAAUGGUGAACAUGGUGAACAUGAAAGUGGUAACAUUUUGGAGGGCACUACUAAUUGCGUAGAAAAACGAGAUAUACAUUUUUGUGAAAAAAAAACAAAAAAACGACGUACUGAACCGAUUUUAACAAAUAAAGCCGAACCUGUAGAUGUUAGAAAAGUUCGAAAAAAAAUAGAAGCAACUCAAAAUGAUGAAGAAGGUGUAGAUGCCGCCAAUGCAUGUGUAGAUAAUCGAAGCAAUUAUAAUUAUGAUAAAAUAAAUCACAAUGUUGAAAAUAAAACAGUGGAAAAAAAUAACAAUAUAGAUACAUCAAAAUUAAAAAAAAAAAUAAUUAAAAAAAAUGAAAAAUUGCAUAUUUUAGAAAAUGGUGAUGAAAAUAUUAUAAAAAAACAAAAAGGAAUAACUAUUCCUAUAACAUAUAAUAAUACAAAUGUUAAUAUAACUAAUAAUAAUGAAAUAGAUAAUAAUUCAAUUGGGUUAAACAUGAAAAAUAAUGGAAAUAUAUUUCUUCUUAAUAACUCUGGAACUAUAAAAGGAGUCCCAUUAUUACAUGAUAGACAUUUUGAUAAAAUAGAAAAUGUGUUCCCAUCUAAUAAUAAAAUGGUUCUAAUAAACGAUAGAAAUAUAAACGAUAGAAAUAUAGAAUCUACAAAAUUAAAUAGCGAUCGAAAUUUAAAUGAUAAAAAUAUUGAAUCUAUAAAAUUAAAUAGAUUACGAAAUUUAAAUGAUUCAGAUAAAAUUUAUUUGGGUAAAAAUAUAAUGAUGGUAUAUCCUUCACAAAAUAUUAAAAAUCGAGAAAAACAAGAAAUAAAUUUAAAUGUAACUAAUUCAAAAUAUCUAUGUUCUAAAAUAAAAAAAAAUAAUAAUAUAAUUAGAAAUAAUUUAUCAUUUAUUGAUUAUAAUAAAUAUAUAAAUAAAGAAAAAGCAGAAGUAGGUAGAUUUAUACAAAAUUAUGAAAAUCAAGGAUUCGAUUUUAUUUAUCCUAAUAUAAUAAAUAAUAUGGAUCGUAUUAAUCCGAUUGAAAUAGUUAAUAAAAAUAAUCAAAAUAAUAAAAAUGAUAAAAAUGAUAAAAAUGAUAAAAAUUAUAAAAAUUUUGAAAAAGAUAAUUUUGAUCAUAUUUCAUGUUCAUCAUCUUUAUUACUUGAUUCUUCUUCCUCAAAUGGUUUCUUUUCAAAAACAGAAAAUUCUGAUAGAUCAUCAGUAAAUUCAUUAUCCCAAUUAGUAUCAAAAUCAGAUUGUUCAAUUUGUUCAUCUAAUAAUUUAUCAACAAUUCCAUCUAUUUCUUCAUCUUCUUCAUUUUCAAUUUGUUCAUAUUCAUCUUCAGCAUGUUCUCCUUCUUUUGAUGAUACAUCAUCUAACAUUACAUCUAAUUAUGAUUAUAUUUCUGAUAUUGAUUCAGAUUAUUCAUCAGAUUCUGUUCAUUCAUUACCAUUCCCUUUACCACAUAAUAAAUUACCAAGACCUAUUGAUUCUAUAAACGACAAAAAUAAUGCUUUUAUCGAAAGAGGAAAUCCGGAAAUGUUAGAUGUAAUCAAAGUUGGUGAUUCUACAAAAAUCAGAACCCAUUUAGAUGCAAAUAAACAAAAUAAACAAAAUGAACAAAAUGAACAAAAUAAACAAAUUCGUCAAAUUGGGGGGUUUGAUUCAGCGGAUUAUUCAUCUGAUUUUUAUGAACAUAAUCAAAUAUAUAAAUCAAUGUAUAUACACAAAUCAGGACGUAAAUAUAAUGAUAAAAAUAAUUGGGAAAAUAUUAACUUAGGAGAUCUAUCAUAUAGUGAUCAUGAUAAUAAUCAGAAACAUGAUUAUAAUUUUUUCAAAUAUAAGAAAGAUUUGUAUUAUAGUAGACAUAGGAAAAAAGCAAAAGAAAAAUUGAAGAAAAUGAAAAAAUUAAAAAAAUUAAAAAAAAUGAUGGGAACAAUGAUGAUGGUUAUGAAAAAAGAAAAGAAAGUAAAAAUAAAUGAAAAUACAAAAAUAACAAUAAAAAAAAAAAAAAAAAUUAGUCAAUAUAAAUACAAUGAUAAAAUAAUAAACAAAUCAAAAAAAAAUAAAAAAGAAAAAAAAAAUACAUUAGGAUUAUAUAUAAAAAAUGUUGAAAUUAUAUAUAAUAAUAAUAUCCAAUUAAAAAAUAUAAAACUUAUAAUGUGUAACAAUCAUAAUAAUGAAGAAGAUAUUGAAACAGUUAUGGACAUAAAAUUAAAUACAUAUAACAAUAAAACUGAUAACAAUGUAAAAAAUGUAUUUUAUUAUUAUUAUACAGAAUUUAUUAAAUCGGUUUUCUUUUCUGAUCAAUUUUCUCAUUUUCUUGAUAAGUGUGAAUCUUUUAAGAAUUCGGAGAUGGAAGAGGCGUUAGAUGUGGCCAGUGACCAAAGCGAAAAAAACAAAAAAAAAAAAAAAAACAAAAAAAACAAAAAUGAAGAUGAAGAAAAUGGCGAAAAUGGCGAACAUGGCGAAAAUGGCGAACAAAACAAAAGGCAAAACAAAAGACGUAUUGACAGUGUUGAAUGUGUUGGAAAUGGCAAACUGGAUGAUCGUGGUGAGCGUGGUUGUAAAAAUGAAGCGGAAAAAGAAGGGGCAAAGGAAAAUGUGAGCAUCACGAAUUUGAGUGAAGAAAUUAUAUCUGUUAAAAAUAAAAAACAUAAAACAAAAUGUAAUAGUAGUGAUGGAGAAAAAAGCCAAGAUUUAACAAAAGGAAAUGAAAUAACUUGUCAUUCAAUAAAUGAAGAAAUAAAAGAUAUGGAUUCAUUAGCAAGUGAAGAAGUUACAAUAGUUGACGAAUUGUUUAGAUGUAAUGGAAUAGAAUCAACUAAUUUAAAUAAUUUAGAAAUAUGUGAAAAAAUUAAUGGAAAUAAUUUAUCUUUAUUUAUAAAAUAUAUUACCAAAAUAAUCGAAAAUAUAGAAGCUAGAAUUAUAAUAAAAAAUAAUGUAUGCGAAGGUAUAUAUUGUUUAAGACAAUCAGAUGGGUUAAAUAUAUAUCAAAAAAUUAGUGAAAAAAUUAAAAAAAAAAAUAAAUUAAAAAAAAAUAAAAAUUUCAAAAUAAAUAACAAAAUUGAAAAUAUUAACCCUUUUAAAAAUAUAAAAAUAAAUAUAAAAAAUAAUCAUUUUAAAACUUAUGUAAAAACUGGAAAUAUAAAUCAUCACCAUCAUCAUCAUAGUAAUAAUAAUAAUAAUUAUACGGCUUGUACUGAGUUAAAAAAAAGAAUUGAUAUAAAUAAAUAUUCUUAUUUGUUUUAUAGAUUGCCAUUUUUUAUUUUUGGUAAUAAAUAUAUUACUGAUAUAGAAAAUUUCAAAAGUAUAUAUAACAUCACUGAACUAUUUCAAAAUAACAACGAAAUUGUAGAUUCUAAAAAUAUUUUAACUGUAGUUGAAUUGCUUAAAUCAUAUUCGAAUCAUGCUUUUUUUAAAAAAAAUACAAAUCCGUUAAAACGCUCUGUUACUGAUCGAGAUGAAAAAACAUGGAAAAAAAACCCUCUUGAUUUAAUAGCCACAUCAGCAGAAGAAUCUAGUUUUAAAAAUAAAGAAGUUUUGACUGAAAUAAAUGUAGAAUCAAAUAAUACAAAUGUAGAAUCAAAUAAUACAAAAGUAGAAUCAAAUAAUACAAAAGUAGAAUCAAAUAAUACAAAAGUAGAAUCAAAUAAUACAAAAGUAGAAUCAAAUAAUACAAAUGUAGAAUCAAAUAAUACAAAUGUAGAAUCAAAUAAUACAAAAGUAGAUGUUGUUGAAAAUGUAGACAAAAAUAAAGAGAGUGUAAAUGGAGAAGAUAAAGAAAUUACAACAUUAUGUUUGUCAAAUAAAAAAGAAAAAAAAAAAGAAAAAAAAAAAAAUAAAAAUAUAGAAGAAGAAUGGAAUUGUAAUGAAAAUCUAAAUUGUGAACAAAAUAAAGAAACACAAUAUUGUGCUAAUAAAAGUUUUAAUAUCAUUUUUUGUUUAUUUGAUAAUGGAAGUAAUAUAUAUUUAUUAAUAUAUGAAUCUGAUAGUGAUAAUAGAAAAAAACAUGUAAAAAAAAAAAAUGAAUUUAACAAUAUUGAUUAUUAUUUUAAGGAAAUGUAUGAAACACUUCAUAAUAGUACAUAUAAAGAAGAUGCUUACAAAAUUUUAAACUCAAUUUUUUCAGUAAGCAAUCAUAUGAAUAAAGAUGUUAAAAAUGUUUUAUAUAAUACUAGUACAGAAAAUCAAUGUGAAAAUAAAACUGAAAACGAAAUUGAAACGAAAUUAAGUUCAGAUCAAAUAAAUUCAAAAGUUGUGACUAUAAAUCAUGUUCAACCCAAUGCAAAUAAAACAGUUUCAGCAAAAAUAAAUCCAAACAAUUCUAAAAAUAUAAGUAAUGAUAUUCAAGAUGAAGAAAUGAAAAGUCAUAGAGUAAAUGAAAUAAUGUUAAAUAAAAAAUUGUUGGAAAAUAUUUUAUCGAAUUUCAAAUUUUUUAAUAUCACAAAAAAUAAAGGGUUAAAAUUAUCUAGUGUUUUUGAGUUAACAUAUUAUGAUUAUUUAUUUUUAAAAAAACAUAAAUUUUUUUAUUCUAAAAAAGGAGUAAAAAUAUAUGAUGCAUGUAACAAUCCAUAUAAAUUAUUAUCUUCUCAAAAAUGUGUAACUAAUACAGAUGUAGAUGUUUUAUCUAAUAUGAUUUUGAAACAAAAUGAAGAAUAUGAUGAUUUAAAAAAAAAUAAUAAUAUGAUAUCUUAUGAAUAUAAACAAAUUACAAAUAAAUUUGAUUUUAACAUUUUCAAUACCAAUAAUAGUUCCUUCUAUUUUCGAGGAUUACCACAUAGAAUCAUUAAUUCUUAUUAUUGCCUGAUUAGUUUGAAUAACAUUUUUAAUCCUCUUAAUCUUAAAAAUAUUGAUUCAUAUACAAAAAAUUCAAAAGAUAUAUUAAUACCAAACAUGAAUUUUAUAAAAUGGGCCCAAGGAAAUUAUGAACAUUUAUUGGAAUUGUUUGCAAAUAAAAAUUUUGAACAUAUUUUGAGGAGUAACCAAAUAGACAUUUUAAAAAAAAAAUACAUAACCAGUAAUUCUAAGGACAAAAAAAUUAAUAAAAAAUAUAUAUCAAAGCAAAAGCAAAAGGGAAAGGGAAAAGGGAAGGAAAAGGAAAAGGAAAAGGAAAAAAAUAAGGAUGUGAAUAAGGAUACGGAUAAAGAUGCUGCUAAAGAUGCUGCUAAAGAUGCUGCUAAAGAUGCCGCUAAAGAUGCCGCUAAAGAUGCCGCUAAAGAUGCGGGGGAGAAAACAGCUACUACUGCAAAUACAGAUGAUGGUGAUAAAUUUUCAAAUAAAACAAAUAUUUCUAUAAAUAAAAGUGAAGAAAUGAAUACAAGCAAAGGAAGAGAAUCUAUUAACACAGAAAAGCAAAUAAAAAAUUUAAUUAAUGAGAACACAAAGAACUUAUUAGACGAUAUUAACUUAGAUUGGAAAAUCGAGCAAGCCAUUGAUAGAUACGCUAACAUGAAGUAUGGAAUAAAUGCCGCUACACCAGAUACUGCCAAUGCUACUGCCGCUUCUGCUUCUGCUUCUGCUAAUAGUAACAGUGAUGAACAUUGCAUAGACAGCGAUUCUGUUGCAUCUUGCAUUAAUUCGUUUAGCACUUAUGACAUUUAUAAACUCUUUUUAUUUGAUAACUGUCAAAAUAGUAAAGUAGACGAAAUUAAAGAAAAUAGUGAAAACUUAGGAGAUGAUAAGGUUGGAAAUGGCCAAAAUGCAGCCGAAAAAAAAGACGAAAAAAAAGGCGAUACAGACGAAAAAAAAGGCGAUACAGCCGAAAAAAAAGGCGAUACAGCCGAAAAAAAAGGCGAUACAGAUGACCAAGUUGAAAAAAAAAACAUAACAGAUUAUCUCUUAAAUAAAUAUGCAUUAAAUUGUUUUAGAAAUUAUGUUAUAAAUAAAAAGCAAACUGAAUUUUUUUAUAAAAAUAUAAAAAGCUUUGUAAAUUCGUUAGAAAAAAAACAAUUAUUUUCCGAUAUAAAUAAUAUAUUAUCUUUUUGUAAUAACGAACAAAAAUAUAUGAACAAAAAUAACAAUUAUUUUAAUAAUACAAAAUUUAGGGAAUUUUAUUCAAAAUCAAAAAAUUCAUAUACUUUUGAUGCUUAUGAUCAAUAUAAUGUUACUAAUUAUUGUGAAAAUAGUCAAGCAAAAUAUGGUAAUAAUAUAUAUCACCAGUUUAAUAAAACAUUUUCAUAUACCAAUAAAUUUCAAAUAUGUAAAGAAGAAAUAAAAUAUAAUUCACCUUCAAAAAAUGGAAAAAAAAAUAAUAAACAUUAUUCAAAUGAAGCUAAAAAAAAUUUAAAUUUUUCACCAAAAAAAAUAACUGAUCAAUAUAAAAAUUUGGAAAAUUUCAACGAUGCAAUUGAUGUUAAUAUGAAAAAUAUGAAAAAAUUAUAUAAUAAUAUAAAUAAAGAAGUGGUAAAAAAUAAAUUAUUAUUAGUUAAUAAAAUAAUCGAAGAAAAUUAUGAGUAUAAUAUAUCAGAUAUGCCUAUGUAUGUUAAUCUUGUUUUCUAUAAAUAUUUAUGUGUAAAUAAUUGGAAUCAUUUAAUACAUAGUUUAAAGGAAAGUUUUAUAAAGCAAGAACUAUUUUUUUUAAGUCAAGUAGAUUCUAAAAAUUCCAAAAUUAAUAAGACUGAUAAAAAUGGGCAUAUAAAUGAUAAUAUAAAUUCUCAAGAAAAUUAUAAAAAUGAUGAAAUAAAAAAUACAUCCACAAAAUUUGUUUCUGAUUCGAAACAUAUAGAACAGAAAUGUACACAAGAAUGUGAUUCUAAAAAUGUAUCAACUCCAAAUAUAUCAGAUUCUAAAGAAAAUGAAAAUGGUACAUCUGAAACUAUAGAAAAAAAAGAAAAGUUGAGUGAUCAUAAUAAAAAGACAGAAAAUGGUAAAGAUAAUAAAAUAGGGAAAGAGGGAGAUAAAAAAAGUGAUAUAUUAUGUAGUGUGUGUUUUUACAAAGAAGAUAGUAACAUAAAUAUUAUGUAUAAAUGUGCAAAUUGUUCUGUACAUGUUCAUAAAUAUUGUUAUGGUAUUUAUCAUAAAGGAAAAGUUGAAGAUUUUUUAUGUGAUAAAUGUAAAUUUAGUAAACAUUUGACAAAAAUGUAUCAAAAUGAAUUUCAUUCAAAUAAAUCAAAUAAUUCUAAAAAUAAAAAAAAAAAACAAAAUUCAAAUACCAAUUCGAAAUAUGGGUUAAACAAUAAUAAUACUGAUAAUACAUGUUAUGGUACUAAUAUAUUAAGUAUCCAAGAAUUUAACUAUUUUAAUAAUAAAAUAAAUAAUUUAUUUAAUAAUAAUAAUUUUGAAGCUAAAAAUAAAAGUUCGUCAAACGGAAAUAAUAAUAUUAUCCUUUUUGAAAAAAUCAUAAAAAGUGUUGAAGAUAGUUGUUGUUAUAUUUGCAAAAAAAAUGGAGGAGCUUUAAAAAAAACAACCAAUAAACAUUUUGUUCAUGUUUUUUGUGUUUUAUUUUUUAUAUUAAAAGUUUUUUGUUUAAAUGUUUAUAAUUUGAAUUUUUGGGAUAUAAAUAAUUUGAAGCCAUAUGAAAAAGUUUGCUUUAUAUGCAACAAAAAAGGAGCCGUUAUAAAAUGUGCAUGGGAUGGCGAAAAUCAAAAUCAGAAAGCAAAAAAUGGGGAAGAAUUGAAAAACGAAAAUAAAACCGUAUCCACUAAUUGUGAUAUUAAUAAUUCUAAAAAAAACGAAAAUAAAACCUUUUCUACUAAUUGUGACAUGAACAAUUCUAAUAAAAACGAAAAUUGUUGUGACAAAUAUUUCCAUCCAAUGUGUGCAUAUUUAGAAGGAUAUCAUAUAAAUGUUGAAAUAUAUGAAGAUAAGUUUGUGAAUAUAUAUUUUUAUGAUAAUUGUUUUUCUUUAUUUCGUUUCAUAACACAUUGUAAUAAUCAUAUACCUAAAGAUUCUUAUCAAAACAGAGAAUUUGUCAAAGAGAAAAGAACAUCAUUAUAUAUUAAAAAUAUUACUAGCGAAUCUAAUUCAAAUAAUAAAAUUAAUGACAAAUUUCAAAAAGCUAAAAUAAAAAAUGAAGCCUCGCCUAAAAAUAAUACAAAACCUUCUCCUUCACGCCAUAAUUUACAAACAAAUGUUUCCACUUCCUCACCAAACAAAAAUGAAGAAACUGGAACAGCAAUACAAAAAGGGGAUAAAUAA